CUGCUACUUCAGUAGAUACAACAAAACCAGGGGAUUCAGCGCACCAAGGCAGCGCAUAGAAGCCAUUACGCUCGUAGCCUUGAGGGGCCAUCUCGGCAGGCCCGCAAGCGACACAUUUCUUCUAUCAUGGCUGACAACACUGUCAAAGUGCCUCUCGGGUUAGUUUUGAUCGUUGCAGCUCACAUGGUAUCCAACGUCUCCGCCCACGAAGUGGUCACCAGGAUCCUUGGCACCAGCAUCCGGCUUAAAUUCAAAUUUAAUGUCAGCAUCACAGAAAACAGUCAGUUAAUAAAUGUUUAUAAAGGUAAAGUCCCAAACGGCCAGCAAAAGGUCGAUGAAUAUAACCCUGAAAAGGUCGAAACAAAGCAUCAUUUUAAAUUUGGCCCUGAUAAUUAUUCCAUAAUUUGGCUCCUCACAAAUCUCACACUAAAUAUGAGUGGAUGUUACUGGGCCACAGUUAUCACUGACGGAACCACAGAGAGCAAUAAGGUGAAGCUGAUCGUUGGAGAGAACAACAGCAGCAGCACAGUUUCUCCAAUGCCGAGUGACAGCCCAGCGACUACAGGCAACAGUAGUAACACACACUUCGUCACUGUCCUUGUGGUUUCACCUGUAGUGCUUCUGGCUGCAGUACUUCCAUGCCUGAUCUGGUGUCUCGUGAGAACCAAAGACAAACAAGAACCACCAUCGCUGCCACCAGGACACGGCUCCAACUCCACCGUGCAAGAAACACUUGAUGACUCCAAGAAUGUGCCUGCAUCCUCGCUGGUCUACAGCGUCCUGGACUUUCCCAAGAGACCCUCUGCAGUUUUGGAGAUAAAUCCAAGUGAUACAGAGUACGCUGCUGUCAGUUAUAUCACAGAAAAUAGACAAUUUGGACAUACAGAUGGAUGUAAGCCAACUGGUCUUCCUCGAUUUAAGUAGAAAUAUGCGAGAUGACCUAAUCUAAAAGUGUUUUUUUCCAGUAAGUGAGAUGAUUGCAACUUGCAAUAAUAAGUAAAAGAGUUUGGAGG